ACCCUACUGUACCCUACGAUACGGUGCGUUACGUGAUUGCUCUGAUGCAAUACCACAUAAUACUGUACCGUACUUCGUACUGAUCACGAGUGACUAGUGAGUGACAGCGAUGAGCGCAUCCACUAUGUCACUGGGAGAGUUACUCACUCACUGUCCGUGAUUAAAGUUAUUGACAGCAAUAGAUGUACUACUAAAUAUUAAAUUUUGCGCUUCCCGUCCAACCAGGGGAUUACCUCACAUUUACAACUACCCUCACGUACUGUUGUACUGUACCUACUAGAGCUACUAAGUACAAUUCCCAUAAUGGCAAGCUAUUGGCAAUUUCCCGACUAUCAWUUUUUUUUAUUUUCCCGUCUUUUUUUUCCCCUCUCCCCCUCCUCCACGAAAAAAAGUAGAAGUCCGAAAAUAUUUCUAUACUCGAUACUUACUACUGAGAAUAUCAAAUCAGUGCUUAUCUCAAGUAUUAAGGACCACCAAUAGAAAUAUUUUGGGACCAGCGAGAAAUUAAACAAUGGAAAUAUUUUUAUUUUCGUCCUUURGAUGCCAUUUUUAACUGGAUUUAACUGUAAAAAUGAGCUAAAAAUUUCUAUUAGUAUUUGUACGGGGAUUGCCAAUAGCUUGCCAUUAUGGGAAUUGUACUUAGUAGCUCUAGUACCUACCGUACAAUGCUUUGUACAUCUACCCACCCCAUUUAUGACACACGCCCUGGACGCGGUGAGCACCACCACAAGUGAAGUUUUCAGAAGCGGUUCGGUUGUCACGGACAGAGCACACUAGUAUGUCAUGACAUUAUAUCUGUGUCAAAAACAAGUACCUUUAUGUGUGCACGUCUGAAUUCAAACACGAUUUCACCUAAAUCUAUGUUUACAUGAAUCACCCAAUACUAUUAAAACUAAUUCUGUUGUUUAUGCCAGUUUGAUGGCGGUUGUUUAUGGAAGAAAUGACAGUGGGGUGAUUCUUCUUGUAAGGACCAAGAAGAAUGAAAGGAACAAAAAGAAUAAAAAAAUAAAUAAACUCAUCUUCACAAAUCCAGAACAACCUUUUACAUCCUCUACGACAUACCGGUACCACUAGAUUCCGAAACACAAUUUUUGGGUUCUCUUUUCAAUCACUCUACCAAAACCCGCAGAAAAUUCGCUGUAGAAGCAGCACGAGGGCUUCCACGAUACAAAACGAUGAAGUGGAACAAAACAUAACAAAACACAACCACCAACUAAAAAUAGCCAGUAGACACUGCGGUACAUCACACAACGACGCGAAGAGAGGAAUACAACGCACUGUGCACGAACCAACUAACUACCAUGUACACCACAAUGGCGACGCCAAAGGACUAUCGGAAAGGGUUCGGCGAACGAAUGUUUCUGUAUGCAGUGAGCGAGGAGGAAGACGUCAACGAGGAAGAACCUUCAUCAGAAAGCUGCAAUUACUCGCCGUCGCCUUCCUUGUUUUCAUCGGUGCCGUCUUUUUGCCGAUUGGGGAUCUUCGAUUUCUUGGAGAGUGAAGACCUCGUCAGCUUGACACUCGUUUCAAAGAGCUUCUGCGCCGAUUGCCAAAGCAGCUUCCUGAAAUCCAGGAUUGUUCCCGAAUACGAAAUUAGUCCUCGCCCUUAUUCGAAAUCAGCACCUCCGCCGUUGCUAUCCCUCCUCAAACAUUUGCUGGAGCACCAAUCGCACGAAAGCGGGAAAUUCUCGAGGUAUCCUCGUGUAAGGGUACACAAAAUCGACCAAUUCUAUGGAAGGGGAGAGAGCAGAAGAAACGCCAAGCUGCACAAGAAAAUCCUUGCCGUUGUUGAUAAGCUCACCGCCACUGACGACCGUCAGCACCACUGGAGCACGCUAGAUUUGUCAUUAAAGGUACCGACCGAACUUCCCAGCCCAGUCUUACCGCUUGGCCUCGCCGCAGUGUUUCCUGGGCUCAGGGAGAUUGACCUGACGAACAUAGUGUUUCCGACGGGGACCGACUUCGCAAAAAUCUUUGACCGGCUGCCUUUCCUGGGAAAGAUCGUCUGGAACAACUCUAGGGGUCUCUACCUAAUGGGCUGGCAUUUACCCGCCGCUAGAAGCAAGGACGGAAGCACAAAUCCCAAUUAUCACCUCAAAGAACUGAUCCUGGACGAUUCCGAGUUCAACGCGAGGGAUAUUCGGUGGGUCAGGGCGGUUUCCGACAUCGGAAACUCGAACAACGAUGAGGCGUCGCCAUCCAGUUUUUUCCUCUUUCAUUCCUGCUGCGGAGAGGGCCUGGAGGGUCUCUCGAUACGAAACGCCAGGUGCUACACAGGAAAAUCUAUCGGAAACGAUAGGAACGACUCUUUCCUCAAAAACGUUCGAAAACGGGGUUUUGACAAGCCGAUCCCCCAGACCGCCCUCAUCAAGUUUGUAAGGAACGCGCCCUCGACCCUCAAGUGGUUUCGGAGCGAUCUCACCACGGAACACAAGGUUAUGCUUCGAGCGGAACGACCGGAAAUCGAGCUGCUGUAACCGGAAUCAAAUCGAUUUCGAAAAGCAGCGCAGUCAUCGCGUGGCUGGAAUGAUGCGCCCAAGUGCGCACGGCUGCAUCUAGAUGCAUUGGCAGGGAAUUCAAUCGAAUCGAAUCAAGUUGGGAGCUUGACUACGAGAACGACACCAUACUAUCGCCUAACACAAAAGAUGCGCUUCCCGUAUUCCUUUCGAACCAAUAACUCUAGAAUCUUGAGGGAGUUGUUUGCUAGCCUCGCCACCUUUAUGUUCAUUGAAGAAAUUGUCUCGUAUUCCGGGCUUGUCGUCUCUAAAGCACGUGUUCUGUGGCAAGGCUUCCGGAACAUAAGCUGUCAAAAAUGCUAUAGAGUAACGACCUUGUCUUUCUCGCAUGCCGAGCCGUUGGGUUGCAAGAAUGCGAACGUAUGGUUGGUUCGCUGGAAUGCGGUGCAAUAAUGCACGAGAAAGAGAAAGUUGUUGAAAUAUAUUGAAAUAAUCACGUUGCACUGAUUCGGAUAGUAUGCACAAACAAUUCACCUUGAGAUUCUAUAACGGAAAGUCCAAUGAGCAGUGCAGAGUAAAAAAUGAUAACUGUAAUUCUAAUAAAUUAUAUUCUAGUACGGCCAGUUCAAUCAAUAGUACUGGUACUACGAUUUGACAAUGACAAUGGAUCACGAUCUUGGUGCGAAGUCCAAAACAAAAUCUCUAUGGAUUGUAACUUAUAUCCACGGUAAUCUUUCCGUUUGGUCGCAAAAGGUUGCGAUCGAUGGUCUUUUCGAUCCGCUUCGGCGAGGAAGAGAUGCCCUCCUUGUUCAGUUUGAUUUUGCACUUGCCGCACUUGUCGUCGCGCGAUCCGAUGUCCUCGUCGAACGCCUUGAGUGUCAGCACCAUGUUGUCGAGAGUAGGAAUGUUGAAGGAAAAAUCUUCGUUCCAGACGGGGUUGCAAUCGUUGGACUUUUUGGAGCUGAUCUGGUAACCGUAGUCGUGGUCUCUGAGAUAAUUGUCUUGUUCCAAUUCCAAUCGCACGUACGGAUCGGUUUUACCGAUAAAGUCUUUGUCCGCGA